AUGGCAUCAACAGCUCACGUUCGCGACUCCGUCAGACAGGUCGACGAGACCUCCUGGAUCAUCGGCGGGAAGCAUGUCGUACGCCACAUGCGAGGACCGUGUGAGGGCGAAUACCUGUGGAAGAACAGCACCGAUGGUUCAUACUACACCCUUUCUGAUGCGCCUGCGACCUUGCCCGACACCGCGCCAGUCUCCGCGAACAGCCACGUACGCCUGAUCCACGAUGCCGGGGAUGCUUCGGCGGUUUUCAGCUUCGGUGAUGCGCUCAUCCUCAAGAUCAAGCUGGCCGUCGCGGGUGUUCCGCUAGAGGGAGAGCUCGAAACACUUGCUUUUCUAGCCAAACAGAAACUCGGUUUCACCAUUCCCACCGUCCUAUUUUCCAUGACAAAUGAUAAUAAGGUCUUUCUUAUCGAACCUCGUCUGCCUGGCAAAAGACUCAAUGAGGCUUGGUCAGAUUUGGACAAAAAUGAGAAAGACCUCGUGGUAGGUCGUGUUGCCAGCGUCUGCUUGCAACUUCGGACCUUUCAGUCUGGUGCGAUAACUGCAGUCGACCACAACUGGCUGGAUCCAAAGCGCGAAGACGACCAGCGCGACUACAGACCCGAAGCGCUCGAAAAGCAUUGCGAGGAGUUAGGGAUGGACUGCUCGACAUUUGUCCUCUCACACAACGACCUCGGCCCUACCAAUAUUCUGGUUGACGGAGAUAAGAUUGCAAUUAUCGACUGGGAACUCGCUGGGUAUUCUCCCCUGGCAUGGGUACGAACCAAGUUUGCCAUCUGCGGCGUAUUGAAUACAGAAUCGGUUAGCGAUGAUGGUGUAAAACGCGACAAGGAAUACAGAGUGAUGGUUGAGCAAAAGCUCCGGGACCUCGGAUUCCCAGAAGUCACGGAGGCGUACGAGAAGCUGGAGAAGGCACGCAGUGAGGAGUGGAUAAAACGACGACCAUGGCUUCAAUAA